AUGCUGUUCAUCUCCUUUGUGCUGAGCCCACUGAACCAAUUUGGCGGUCGAAUUAAUGGAGAUCCCAGAGAUGCUCACAUGGCUGGCUACCUGAAUAAGAAUUUACGAAUCGUAGGAGUGGUACCCACACUCACAACCGACGAGUUCUUCCACCUGCCGACGUCACUCGGCAAUUGGCAACUACCACAAUUCUGCUUUCUUGUUUAUGGUAUCACGAAGGGAUUUCGACCACCCACAGCUCUCCCCACACCUUAUUUGGUUUCACCCUAUAAAAAGUUUACUCUGGAUAAAGUUUAUGGCAUUAACUUUUCGUUUUGGACCUAUUCUUACAUGCCAUUUUUCGUGCCAUUCGCUAGCUUAGCUGCUCAAAGUUUUGCUUCAGCUGCAGAAGUGGCGUGCUACUCGUACCUGUAUGCGAUUGUAAAUGAGAGGAGCUAUCGCCGUGUGGCGUCAUACGAUCGUAGUGCUGAUCUCACAAGAAAAUUGUUGGCGUCUACAAUAUCGCCCACGAAUUUCGUUCCAUCAACAACGGUCGCGUAUUUGGCUGGAACACGUUUGUCGCGGUGGUUCUUCAAACUGGAAAUCAUUGUUUUGGUGAACAAGAAAACCACACAUGGAGACUUCACAAUUUCUGAAGAGGAUAGUGAAAUAGCUGUAGCACCAGCUGUCGACAGUGUUAUAAACGCGAUUUAA